AUGGCCGAUAUCAACUUCUCGAGCUCACGCCGCGAUCACGCCCCAAGGAAACGGCCACGCAUCGACAGCUACUUUGAGGUGUCAUCCUCAGAAGAAGAUUCGACCGAGACCGCCGAAGGAGUCCCGGAGGUUACCACAGCCAAGAAGAAUGGCUCCGAGCAAGACACCGAGAGGCACAUGCCCUGCGGCCCAUGCAUCUCCAGGGCUUUCAAAACUCCCGGCCAGAAAUGCUACAACCAAGUAGACUUGGCGUUGCGUGUUGGCAAUGCGCGAAGAAUGGUCAUCAUCAGAUGUGCGUUCCUGAACGAGAACGAUAGCCGUCCCAAGGAGCUCGUGGAUGGACUUCAAAACAUCAUUAGGGAGAUUAGAUGGCACAAAAGAACCAACAAGAGAGGCAACGCCCAACUGCCCCAUACCGCCGCCUCUGGCCCAUUUUCUGCGGGCCAACCGUUGUUUAUUACCCUCCCCCACAAUAGCCCAAACGCCGAGAUCGCCGAGGAGAACGAGCAUAGCACUGGACAACUCGAGGCUUUAGAGGCAAUCGUCAGCUCAACCGCCAAGUCUCCUGAGACCUUAGGACUCCUUGUCGAAAUCGCCGAACAGAUGAAGGAGAGAUCGAAACACGAAGAAGGAUCAGGCGACGUCGAAGCGGAAGACAAAGAGUCGGGUUCGGAUGAUAGCGAGGACGAAGAAGACUCUUCACCUUCUCUUUCUCCAUCCAACGAUGACGAAUCACCUUCAGACGCCAGAGAUUACUACCUGUCCCUCCUGUCCGAGCGUCACGAUCGAACCGAUCGCCCCUUGAUUUCCAUAAGCGAUCGAGACGAGCUCCUCGCCCUUGCUGCCGCCCGUGACGACAAGAUUGGCGGUCUGCUCCAACGAAAGUACUUCGUAGCAAAGGUCCGUCACGGCAAGGAGCGGAGCAGGCGCACCCCCGAUACACGCGUUGAAAAAGGAAAAAAGGAAAAAAAGGCCAGACAUUGGUUUGCUCUGACAAAGGGUCAGCGAGGGCUAUGA